AUGGAGCUGCCUGUAAAUAAACUUGGACCAUCGCAAGUGACCAGUCACAUUCAUACUGGACACAUGCUCUCUCUGACUUCAGUCACCUGGACAACUACGGGAGUCAUUUCUUCAUACCAAGUGACCUUUGUUGAUGUUUUCUCUUCUAUAAUCAUGGCAGAAAACUUCCAAAACCCAUCCAUGCUUGGGACCCCCAAUCCUCUGCACCUCUCCUUCCCAGUGGUGAACAGCAGCACCUCCUUGACUGGCAACCUCUGCAACUUCUCCAGGGUGUCUACCCCAGCCAUUGGCUCGGCAUGGCUUCUGCCCUCAGCCUCCGGCAUGCCUUUCUCCCCACUCAUGGGCAGCACCUACCUCUACCAGCACUCCAGCACCACCAUCUUGUCUGGAGUCCCCGGGCAGGGCCAGCUUUCCACUCCAGCAACUUCCUCCUACCCAGGCAUCUAUGAGUGGGACAUGUCUGGGAGCAGCGGGGAGAAGCCAUCCCUCGGAGACUUCACUGUGACAGUCAUUGGCCAGGACACGCCAACCUCCUCAAUGCCAGCACCGACCCAGUAUGAGAAAGCUGCGGAUGCCAACACCGUGGUGCCUCUCUACCCACAGCUGUCGGCCAGCCUUGUGCAGCAAGGGGCUUCCCCACAGAUGCCGAGUCAGGGGCCCAACAAUGUGUCUGUCCCUUACCAGAAUGGAAACCAGGUUUAUUACUACAAUCAAGGAACCCUGGGGCCCCUCCUAGCGGGUGAGCUCAGCCCCUGUGUGCAGUCCUAUGGCUCUGUGUCUUACAAGGGAGGUAGGACCCCUUCCGUGCCAGUGGCAUCUCAGCCAGAGAUGGUGAUGGUGCUCAAGGAGGUCCAGCCCCCGGGCUCUCGACCACCCGUCUCAACUUCAGGCCUGUACUACCCCGUCCGUGCCCAGCCAGUCAAAGAUUCAGGCUUCCAAGUGAUGGAGACUUCUCUUGGGCUGCAGCCUACUGCUCGAACAUUCUCUUUGCCACAAACGCUGGAGCUCUCCAAGUCCUGGGGUGGCAAUGGAAGCAACCUCCAGAUGCUUGAGGGCACUCCACCGGCAGAGGUUGCCGGGGACAGCUCACUGGCUACCCCGGCACAGAAUUCAGGCAACCUCCUUGCUCUGCCUCCCGCUCCCAACAUUGAGCACAAAGAAAAGAAGACUGUGACGUGUCUCGAGAAGGAGAAAUGGAAAGUGGAGGGGAUAAAGACCAAGUUCUCGCAGACCCUGGAUACCUGCCAGGUCCCUCUGGAAAUCCAGGACCCCCCACUCCUUCCCUUGGAAAUCCCUGACAUUAACCAGCUCCUGGCCUGCAUCGACCCACUCUGCCCCGAUGCUCUGAAGGAAGGGACCAGUCCGAGGGAAUCCCAUCUGGCGAAGAACGGCCUGAGCCUUGGCGACCAAGAAGUGUUAGAGAAUGGGAUGGAGCCCAUUCCCAGUCUUACCGACAUCAACAAAUUGGUGGAAGACUUCCGCCUUCCCCGUCUCCUCUCUCCCUUGAAGGAGGUCGAGCAGCCCAAGGGGCUCAGGGUCACCAAACCCAAAGUGGUCAAAACGGCCAAAGUGGUCCGGAUGCAGGGAAAGCCGUGCCCGGGGAAGGAGCCCUCGGACCCGGCCAAGAAGACCAAGCGUAAGAUCCCCGAACUGAUGGCCACGAUGCCGGCGGCCAAGGCCUUGCCGAGAAACCCCGACUGCCUGCUCGCGGGGGACAUGGCGGCCGUCUCUGGCGCCGUGGCCAGCGAGCUGUCUCCCUUGGAUAUGGCAAAGUCGGCCGGCAGCAAGCCCCGCAAGGCCCCGAGCAGCCGAGCCAGCAAGACCAAAGGCUCUGGCCAGGAGAAAAUGGAGGGAACUGGAGACACCGGUUAUGAGAAAGUGGAAGGCAACGAGCCGCCCGGGGGCCGCGCCAAGCCCGAGGAGAAGCCGGCCCUCCCCAAGAUGAAGCGCAAGAAGAACCACCCGGAGCUCAGCCAGGAGGCCUUCAAGAAGCCCCGGAGCUUCCUGGGCAUGCACAUGCUGGAGUCGGUCCAGGUGUUCCACGCCCUGGGAAAGAAGAACGACAAGAUGAGCGGCCCAGUCCAAGUCCCCCAGCCAACUCCAGGGAUCAAACAGUGGUUGGAAACGCCAGCCGAAGGCCAAGGCCCCAUGAAGACCCAGGCUGGGCUCCUGGCCGCCGCCAAGGCCAAAGUCCGGAAGCCGGACGGCAGCGUGGAGAACCAGUGCCCGUCUCCAUCGCACACCAAGCCGCCGCCGCCAGGGAAGGUCAAGCUGGUGCCGCUGCCCUUUCCCACCUUAGACAGGCCUUUGACUCGGCCCAUUCCUCGGAAGCCCCAGCCCUUGGCGCCCCACCGGCUUUCCACCGCCAAUCCUGCCCGCCUGGGCAACCCGGCUCAGCCCGGCCCCUCCAACCCCGCCAGGCCCGUGUCGGCCGUGCCCCCUCAGGCGGCGCCUCCUCGGCCCAUGCUGCUGAAAUCGGCCCCCUGCCCUUCUCCCCAGAUGCAGCCGUGCCUCCCGAGCCACCUGGUGCUGUCCAUCUCCCCCGAGGCGGCCGCGGCCAGCUCGGCCAAGCAGGCCGUGGUGGUCAUGACCCAGCCGCAGCCCCAGGCCCAGUUCCAGCCUCAGGAUUUCUGCUUCCAGCCCAUCCCCUGGAGGAAGCCCAACGUCCCCGAGCCCGUGAUGUCCAAGCCCAUCACCAAGGAGCAGAGGCCCGAGCGGGAGGCCAUGAAGAGGCAGGCCCAGCGGGAGCGAGAGAAUGCCGCCAAGUACACGUCCCUGGGCAAGCUGCAGUUUUUCAUUGAGCGGGAAAAGGACUUGGAAAUUGCAAGGCGCUAUGGAUACAUGAUCUGA